UGGUUUGAUUCAUCCAUUUUGAAGAGACUGGGGAGCGGGGGGCUCGUCUGAUUAAGGGGCCCUGAACCAGGGAGCGGCGGAGUCUGAGAAGCCAGCAGCUCGGGGCUCGGCGGCAGCGGCCUCCUCGGCCGAAGUUGGGGGGGGUGGGGCGCCGAGCGCGCGGGGUGGGGGGGGUCCUGGUCUUUGGCUCCUCGACUCGGUCCUGUUUCGACAGCGAACAUGUCUCGGCCUGUCAGAAAUAGGAAGGUCGUUGAUUAUUCACAAUUUCAGGAAUCCGAUGAUGCUGAUGAAGAUUAUGGAAGAGAUUCAGGCCCUCCAGCUAAGAAAAUUCGAUCAUCUCCCCGAGAAGCUAAAAAUAAGAGGCGAUCUGGAAAGAAUUCACAGGAAGAUAGUGAGGACUCAGAAGAAAAAGAUGUGAAGACUAAGAAGGAUGAUUCUCAUUCAGCAGAGGACAGUGAAGAUGAAAAAGAAGAUCAUAAAAAUGUGCGCCAGCAACGGCAGGCAGCCUCUAAAGCAGCCUCUAAACAGAGGGAGAUGCUCAUGGAAGAUGUGGGCAGUGAAGAAGAGCAAGAAGAGGAGGAUGAGACGCCAUUCCAGGAGAAUUCCGGCAGUGAUGAGGAUUUCCUAGUGGAAGACGAUGAUGAUAGUGACUAUGGCAGUUCAAAAAAGAAAAACAAAAAGAUGGUUAAGAAGUCGAAGCCUGAGAGAAAAGAAAAGAAAAUGCCGAAGCCCAGGCUAAAGGCCACAGUGACACCAAGUCCUGUGAAAGGCAAGGGGAAAGUGGGUCGCCCCACAGCUUCAAAGGCAUCAAAGGAAAAGACUCCUUCUCCCAAAGAAGAAGAUGAGGAACCAGAAAGCCCGCUGGAGAAGAAAACGUCUUCAAGUCCCCCGCCUGAGAAAUCUGGGGAUGAAGGGUCUGAAGAGGAAGCCCAGUCUGGGGAAGAUUAAAAGUGAUGAUGGUCUGGGGAGAGAUUUUAUUUAAAAAGCAAAAAAAAAAGAGAAAAAAGAAAAAAAAAGAGGGAAAAAAAAGAAAAGCUACUUAAGAUAGAAUAUGGUUUUGGCUAUGGCUUGACUCAUGGGCUUUCAAUGCUUUUUUUCCCUUUUGUUGAAAAUAACAUUUUCUUCUUUUCUUCUUCUUUUUCUUCUUUUUUUUUUUUUUUAAGAAAAGCAUUGUAUGUUUAAUUUACCUUUUUUGUCUAUUGGUCUCUUCGUCAUGACCCCCUUUUUCCGCCCCCCUCCCCUUUUCCCAAUGAAAGCCAUGUUAAAUUAAUCACUGGAUUGACUGCUUCAUCUUUUUAUUUUCAAUGGAGGGUAUGCCACAGUUGUAAAGCAAUAAGAUUUGAGGUAAACGCUAUGAAAAUUUUGCUUUUUGCUAAAUGGUAGCAAGUUGAACAGUAAUCAAAAAAUGUAGAAGGUUUUAGUUAAAAGUUAUUGCUUCUUUCUCUACCUGAAUUAAAAAAAAAAAAUCAAUUGUCAUCUAAUACAAGUUUAUAUUCUAUAUACAAAAAUAUGGAUGUCUAAAAAAUCAUGAUGUUAAACUUCCACUGAUGGGGCAGGUAGGAGAGAAAGAUGAAUUCUGAACUGCUACUAAAGGUAUUCAUGUUUUUUACUGUGGGGCAAGGCAGGGAAUUGAGGUUUCCUGACCCUGUUUGAGGAUAUAGGUUUGCUUGAUUUUAGUCUCAUCACUUGUUAUCUCUAGGAGACUCGGAGCCAGUGAUCCUUUUAUUCAGCUACAGUCUUUAAAGAACUUAAAAAAAGCAAGGGCCGCCAAAACUUAAAUCUUUCUUGAUUUCCUAUUUCAUUCUCUAACGGUUCAUGUUUUUAAAUAUAUAUAUGUAUGUAUCCUGUUUCUUGGAUAAAAAAUUUUACCAAGGAUCAAAAGAAAAAACCCUAAGAUUAAAAUGGGGAUAUCUAUAUAUCACAAUGGAUUUCUUCUCAAACUGACAAUGUUUAGGUUUUAAGCAAAAUAAAGUGCCAGUUAAUGUGAAACUCAAUCACAAAGACUUGAGAUUUUUGCUUUAUGAAAACAGAGAGUUGAAAUUCUUCUGCACCAUAAAUGUGCACUCAGAGUCCAUGAACCAUGCUCUGCUUUUGUUGAGGGAUAGAGAGUUUUCCUGCCAGACCCGUCCUUCUCAUCUCUUGGUAGAAACAUGUGGAGCGCCUCUCUUGGCUUCCUGCUAGUGCACAGGGCACCCCUGCAUAGCCCGCUCGCAGCGCCCACCGCCCUGCUCCAGAGCAUGGUUUCUCCUGGUUCUGUUCUUCACUUCUAAUCCUGUACUUGAUGGGAGCAUGGGACAUGCUGCUCCGACACUGCUCAGUUAGCGUUUGUCUUUAUACCGAUGCCCUUGCUGACCGCAUGUCACUUACAGCCGCAGUUUAUGGGGCUUUGCAGAGCUGGAGAAACCAUGUGUUCAGGAGGCCUGUGUGCAGUGGGUAACAGGCCAGUUACACGCCUAUGAAGGCAGUCAGGGGACAGACCUGUCUGCUUGCUUCUCCACGUUCUGAUGCCAUGAGCUAGUGGGAACAAGGUUUAGGAGGGGGUCUUAGUGUGCUAAUGGGCUUCCCAGGUGGCUCAGUGGGUGAAGAAACUGCCUACUGUGCAGGAGACGCCGGAGAUGGGUUCGAUUCCUGGGUUGGGAAGAUCCCCUGGAGAAGGGCAUGGCAACCCACUCCAAUAUUUUUGCCUGGAGAGUCCCGUGGACGGAGGAGCCUGGCGGGCUGUGGUCUAUAGGGUCACAAGGAGUCGGACAGGACUGAAGCAGCUUAGCACAGGACACAGUGUGCUAAUAAAUUGAAAAAUUAGUGAAAUUUAACAUCUGCCUUUGUAUCUAGAUUUGCUUCCUCAGUAUUUACUAAUGCAAUUUUCUUUCUAUCUACUGUUAUAGCAUGUUUUUCUCUCAAACAACCUGGCUUUCCUACAGAUGUUCAUAGAAAAAAGGUUAUUUAAGGAAUAUUUUUAGGACACUGUAAGGAAUAUCCUUACUCUGAUUUUUUUUUUUUUUU